UCAAUUAAAAGAAUUCACACAUAAUUUGGUACAGUCUGCUUAUUAAGUGAUCAAUUGCGAUGGCAUCAAGUAGAAGUACAAGAGAAGUUCUAUUAUCACUGGUGGAUGAUAUCGAGUUGAUAGCAAAGGAGAUGAUAGAAAACACAAUUGCUCAGAAGCCUUCAAAACUUUCAAGCAUAGAACAUGCUCAGUUAACUGAAUUGUUAGUUGCCAAGGAUAAUGAAUUAAAGGCGAUGCUGAAACGAGCUGCUGAACAGGCUAAAAUUAACUUGAAGAUGGAAGCAUUAAAAGCAGAGGUAGAGAGACAAGAUCAGGAUAUCCAGCAACUGCAACGACAGUUGAAAGAAGCAGAACAGAUUUUGGCUACUGCAAUUUAUCAAGCAAAACAAAAAUUACAAUCUAUCGCACGUGCCAAUAAGAGGCCAGUUCCUUCGGAAGAGCUUAUUAAAUAUGCACAUAGAAUAAGUGCAACCAAUGCAAUUUGUGCACCUUUAACAUGGCAGCAGGGAGAUCCAAGAAGACCAUAUCCCACAGAUCUCGAAAUGAGAGUAGGAUUUCUAGGACGAUUGAGUGACUCAAACAAUCUACCUUUAAAUGGACAAUUACUUGGGUCUCAUCUAGGAGUACCAUCAGAUUUACAUAGGGCAGGACAUCCUGCUGGAGACCCACCUGUUUCGCAAUCAAAUCAAUUUGCCUGGCAUCCAUCGGGAGAGAUUCAUAUGUCAGUUGGUGGACAAGGCAGUGUGGCUGUGAAUACACAUAAACAAGAAACAGAAGAUGUCGAAGUUAUGUCUACAGACUCUUCUAGUAGCUCUUCUAGUGAUUCUCAAUAG